CUUUGUUUCUGUUGUUUAGUGAUAAGCUAACCUCUGAAAUUUGAUUAUCUGAUAUUCUGUUUACGUUCCAUCGCGGUGCUUGUUUUUAAUUUUUAUAGUAUGAUUAAUUAAUAGUUUUUAAUAGCUUCUUAGUUACUAAUGAUUAUAUAAUGGAGAUUGAAGGAUAUCCAGGUUUCAUUAAAACCAUUCAUGAUAAUGAGGAAGUUGAAGACUUUUCUGAAGAUUCUGAUGAAGAAGUAGAGUAUCAACCAUCAAAGCAAAAAGUGAAAAGACAAGCAGACUUUGACCCCACAUUUAAAUUUGUUUCAUCAGUUGAGGAAUACAAUAAGGACACCUGGGAUGAUUUGCAAAAGUAUAUAAAAAGAAAUGUCAAGCAGACGCUAGAUGAGAAGAUAGCAAAACGGAGGGCCCAUGUUCUGGUCAAUGAUGCUGAUGUUGGCACUGACUCUGAAGAUGAAGGUCAAGAAGUUGAUGAGCUAGAAAUAUCAGAUGAUGAAUUAAAAAAGGAUGAAAUCAAAACGAAGGAAAAGAAAUUGAGUAAAAAACAGAAGCUGAAACAGGAAUUGCAAAAUGACGAACCCAAAGGUGCUAAAGUGGAAUAUGACACAGAGUUCUUUGAAGAUCCACCACCAUAUGAUGAGCAGGCUUCAUUCUACAUGAUGAACCUAUCACGACCUUUACUCAAGGCGAUAGGGACCCUGAACUAUGUUCACCCUACACCAGUACAGGCUGCUACCAUACCUAUUGCUUUAAUGGGUAAAGACAUAUGCGCCUGCGCAGCUACCGGUACAGGCAAAACUGCUGCGUACAUGUUGCCGAUACUGGAGCGACUGCUGUACAAGGCGGUCGGGGAUAGAAUCACCAGGGUGCUGGUGUUGGUGCCCACUCGAGAGUUAGGUGCACAGGUCCAUACAGUUACACGGCAGUUGGCGCAAUUUACAUCAGUGUCGGUUGGAUUGUCGGUCGGUGGCUUGGACGUCAAAUAUCAGGAAAGUGUCUUAAGGCGGAACCCGGACGUUGUAAUAGCUACUCCGGGGCGUCUGAUAGACCACAUAAGAAAUACUCCAUCAUUUGGGCUUCAUUCUAUAGAGGUCCUUGUGUUGGACGAAGCUGACAGGAUGCUAGACGAAUACUUCGCAGAGCAAAUGAAGGAGAUAAUCCGGCAGUGCUCUCCCAAGCGACAGACCAUGCUGUUCUCGGCUACCAUGAGCGAUGAGGUCAAAGACCUAGCCGCAGUGUCACUCAACAAACCGGUCAAACUGUUCCUUGACUCUAAUAAAGAUGUCGCUUUCAACUUGAGACAGGAGUUCGUGAGGAUUCGUAAGGAGCGUGAAUGCGACCGCGAGGCGAUACUUUGCGCGCUCGUGUGCCGUACUUUCCGCGACCGAGCCGUUAUAUUUGUACAGACUAAGAGACAGGCGCAUCGUCUACACGUGGCUCUCGGACUACUCGGUGUUAAGGUUGCAGAACUUCACGGUGCUCUAAACCAACCCCAGCGUCUAGAUUCCCUGAAGCGGUUUAAAGAAGAGCAGGUCGAUGUGCUGGUGGCUACCGACGUGGCUGCCAGGGGUCUGGACAUCCCGGGCGUCAAGACUGUCGUGAACUUCACGCUGCCCGCUACUCUGGAGCAUUAUAUACACAGAGUGGGUAGAACAGCUCGAGCGGGUCGCGCGGGAGUGUCGGUUUCGCUAGCGGGGGAAGGUGAGCGCGUGUUGGUGAAGGCGAUUGUUAAACGAGCGAAGCGACCCGUGAAGUCACGCCAGGUGCCUCCUGACAUAGUCGCCAAGUACAGGGAGAAGUUGAACAAGCUUGAAACGGAGAUAUCCACAAUUCUGGAUGAAGAGUACGCGGAAAAGCAGUUGAAGAAGAUGGAGCAACAGACAGAGAAGUUGGAAGGGGCGCUGAAAUCGAAAGAAGAGAAGAGGAUAGAACCACAGCGGCAGAGAGAGUGGUUCCAGUCCGCAAAGGAGAAAAAAGAAGAGAAAGAACGACUCGCGCUUACUGUGCACCAGGGGAAAGAUAACCCCCAAAAAGGCAAGGGUAAGAAACGCAAACACAACGAUGAUUCUGAUGAUGAAACGCCGAAGAAGAAAAAUAAAGCCACAAAGUAUAAACCUAAAGAUACUGCGGAGGAGAGAGUGAGAAGAGAGAUGGAGAAAGUUGCACUACUUCAAUCCAGAGUGGCUAAACGCAACAAGAAGCAGCGCAGAAUACGUGCGGUUGAAGACGACGAUGAAAGGCCGACCCAAGGUCGACACAGAGCUGGCAAACCCAAAAAGAAACAAACCAAUUUUGCAUCUGAUCUCACAGAUACAUCCAAAUCGUCUGCGAAACGGUUGCGUUACGAUGCGAAUAGAGUCCAAAAAGGCAAACCCUUGCCAAAAGGUAAGGGCAAGCCAGUCAAGGGAAUGAAUAAGCCGAAAGGAAAGACGUUUGGGAAGCCACAGGCGCCAAAGAAGGGUGGCAAAAGGAAAUAAAUUUUUAUGACUUAA